UUCACGGAGCUGUGUCGUCAAUGAGGGGUUCUUUGCCGGAGCGCUCUCGAGCGAAUCGAUAUAGGGGCAUAGUCGAUCGGCCGCUUGAUUCAAGAGCAAUCGAAAAGGGGACAACUCGAUAUCUUCUAUCGAUUUUGGCGUUUGGAUCACCGACUCGAGCGGCGAGGGGCAGUCGUAACAAGGAGGCGUGUUCAUUGUGUCGUCAAGCGGGUUCAUCGUCUGGUAAGCAAGCAUGCUGCUGCCUUUUUAUGUGCGGAAAGUGCUCCGCACUAAAGAAAAUAUCAAUUUGUUCCUGGCCGACCCACCCGACAUAAUCAUCCGCACGCCGCAUAAUAAAAUAAUGGACCCCCCCCCCACCUCCCAGAUCUAUUCCCGUUUUACCAACGCACCCCAUGCCACCCCCCGCACCAUGCCCCAUCUCGUGAUUGUCCCGCUGUCGAUUGUCUCGCACACGAGGAGCACGCUGGGAUUGGCGCUGAACCUGCUCAACAUCCACCCGACACUUCGUGUGACGUGGUGUACCACCACGUACGGCCUCCCAUGUCUCCUCCGGGAGCUCGCGCGGCAUCCACCGCCAGAUCACCGAUGGAACGUGGUGGAGAUGAAGGACACGUUGGAGCAGUCAGAGGGAUCCUAUGCGGACAGUGAUGUGGUGAAGAGAGAGUUUCCAGCGGUGCUGGCGAGGCUGGAUGCUACUGCCGUGCUCAUCGAUAUGUUCAGGCCCGUCGCAGAUGCUGUUCGCCGAGUCAAACCAGGCAUCCCUCUCCUCGGUAUCAUGCCUAGCCUCGCUUUCACCGCGUUCUGGUUCAUCGGACGAGACGAGGACGGAGCGGUGAUGGAGAAGAUCAUGGAGAGGUAUGAAGGGUACAGGGCGACGAUGGAUCACGACGUCGCAGCGAUGAAGGCGUUUCGACAUAUCAAGGGCAAGCUGUUGGAUCUGCCAGAAUUGCCCCCGCUGUACGAUUAUGAGCUCAGCCCUCAAUGUGGAUCCCGCGCCGCUCCACCCUCCCCUCAUGCGCUGCAAGCGGCGUUCGACACAUCCCGACAGGUGGACGCGAUGCUGUGGCUGAGCACCCCGGAACUCGAGGAGGACACGUUGGCGCUGUUGUCGCGGAAACUGGAGAAACCAAUGAUCGGCAUAGGGUGUCAAUCCGUCCACACACCCCAGCCCGUCGUCGCCAGCGCUGCGUUGGAGCAUCUCGACAAGGUGCUCACGACCCAUGGGCCCGGUAGCGCAGUUUACAUUAGUUUCGGCUCAUUGUUCUGGCCCCGUGAUCGUCCAGACAUUCUCGACACGAUCAUCGACACCUUGUCCCUGCGUCAAACGCCUUUCGUCAUUGCCUCGCCCGUUCCUCUCGCCACCGGUCCGCUCGGCUGUGCUGUCCAGUGGGCCCCUCAAGCCGAGAUCCUCGAGCACGGCGCGGUCGGCACGUUCAUCACUCACUGCGGCAUGGGAGCCAUGAUGGAGACGAUCAUGGCCGAGGUUCCGAUCAUUGCGCUGCCGUUUGGCUCGGAGCAGCCUCAGCUCGCAGCGUAUUACACCUCGACCCACCGCAUCGGCAUCCACCUGCAUCACUUUGCCAGUCUCGAGGGUCUACCCCUCGGCAAUGGCCUCCGAGUCGACAACACGCUCAUGCGGCGCGAGCUGGAAGAUGCGCUCGACCUGAUCAUAUCCGACCGACCUGCACUCCAAGUCUCCAUCACCAAGCUCAAACACACCAUGGUGGAGAGCUCUCAUCACGGUGCGGCGUUCCAAGCCAUGCAGAACCUGUCUACCUACUUUUAGAUAUGUAUCAUGAUGGCCCUGCUCCUGCUCUCCCGUGUCAUUUUGGCUGCCUUUGCACAUUCCACCCGUUUGAACGUGAGAUACGUCUCGAAUGCCGAGCCGAGAAUCCGUCGCAUCGUUUCGUUUCUCUCCAACAGGUCCAACGCCGAGGCCUGACCCAUCGGCAACGUCCCAUGAUCCUGUCCCAAGCUGCUCCUCCUCCUACCACCACCAACACCCCGUACACCCUCCAUUCCCGUACCUA